CUGAAGUAAUAUAAAAAUAACAAUAAAUAUUACAUUAUUGUAGGCCUAAUAUAAUAUUCGGUCUUAAUACAAACUGUUACGUAUAUGAGUAACAAUAUGAUGGCAUAGUUUUAAAUGUAGUAUUAUCUGAUGCUUAAAAAUUCAGAAAGAGCUUUAUGAAAGAGCACAGAUGUGUAUCAAAAACACGUGGGAACCAAAAUAAGAGAGAUCAUACAAAAUGCAUUUUAUUUAGUUAUUUGUUUUAAAUAUAUUUUACAUAAAAGAUGUUUGCAUAUAAUCCACAAGACAAAAAAACUCAAAUUAUAAAAAAAAAACUGAACAGUUAAACUGAGUGCUCUUCUUCGGGAAAAAUAUGCAAAAUAUCCUGCAGAUUCUUCAGUUUUCCAGCAUCUUUUGCACCUUUGAGUCCUUUUUGAGAUGGAGGACAACCGAGGACUCGAACGCAACUGUUAAAAAAAAAGGUUCAAACAGAAAACACCAUGCGUUAAAAGCCAGGGGCUGAAAACUUUUGAGCAGGACUACUUUUCCAUUUAGUGCUGCCCUUGGGAAGCAGCAGAAGAUGCUCGAGUGUUUCCCGGAAGACAAAUGAAGGAGGAUACAAUAUAAGCAUUCUUCUGGAGCAUCGGUGAACGCUUGAACCUUUUUAAAUAGUUAAAUACAGCCUAAAUAAGGUAAAAAACAGAAUAGAAUUAAUUGCAUACUGCAAAACUCGCCUUGCACUGAAAUGCGUUUGUUAUGAGGAUGUUGCGUGUGUGUGUGUGUGUGUGUGUGUGUGAUCGGGAUAAUCCGAGUAACCCUUUCGUGCCCGCCGAUCCUCCCGCGCUUCAGUCUGCGGCAGCGACUUGUUUAUUUCUCCGAGUCUCCUUUAAAUAUCGCCUUCCGUUCCUGAGCGAGAUCGCCGAGGCGAUGCUCCCCGCCGACUCCGUCCCGAGCCCCGUCGUGGCAGCGGCCGGUGCUGAUGAGAGCCGCCGCGGACCCCUGCUCUUCCUCAGCAUCAGCAGCAUCAUCAUCGUCGGCGUCUGACGCGGCGCGUCGCGUCCGUCAUGCUCGUUCUCCGUGUGUGAAUCGCAGUGUUUGUGGGCUGAGAUGGUUCGGGUCGUCAGCGUUCUGGGUCUGGUGAUGUUCAGCGUCGCUUUGCUCAUUUUGUCGUUGAUCAGUUACGUGUCCAUCAAGAAAGACUUCAUCUUCGCCGCUCCCAAAUACGCCAACGCCGGCGGGCCGCGGAUGUACAUGUUCCACACGGGCUUUCGAUCGCAACUGGCCAUGAAGUUCCUGGAUCCCGCGUUCACGUCUCUGAAUAACGCUCUCAACGAGAACCUGCAGGAGUCCAGCAGCUGGAGGUUCAACCAGAGCGCUUAUUUACAGCAGAGUAAAGAGAUCGCCCAGCACAUCGACGUCCCGCACAACUUCACGCUGACCAAGAGCAGCGUCCGCGUGGGCCAGCUCAUGCACUACGACUACUCCAGUCACAAAUACGUCUUCUCCAUCGGCGAGAACCUCCGCUCUCUGCUGCCGGACUCGUCCCCGGUCCUCAACAAGCGCUUCAACAGCUGCGCCGUGGUGGGCAACAGCGGGAUCCUCACGGGCAGCCGCUGCGGAGCGCAGAUCGACAGCUACGACUUCGUCUUCCGCUGCAACUUCGCGCCGACCGAGGUCUUCCGCCGCGACGUGGGCCGCCGGACCAACCUGACCACCUUCAACCCCAGCAUCCUGGAGAAGUACUACAACAACCUGCUGACCAUCCAGGACCGGAACAACUUCUACCUGAGCCUGAAGAAGCUGGACGGAGCCAUCCUCUGGAUCCCCGCCUUCUUCUUCCACACCUCGGCCACCGUGACGCGAACGCUCGUCGAUUUCUUCGUGGAGCACAAGGGCCAGCUGAAGGUGCAGUUAGCCUGGCCCGGGAACAUCAUGCAGUACGUCAACAGGUACUGGAAGACGAAGCAGCUCUCCCGGAAGCGUCUGAGCACGGGGAUCCUGAUGUUCACGCUGGCCUCGUCUCUGUGUGAACAGGUGCAUCUGUACGGAUUCUGGCCCUUCGGCUGGGACCCCAACACGGGCAAAGAGCUGCCCUACCAUUACUACGACAAGAAGGGCACCAAGUUCACCACCAAGUGGCAGGAGUCUCACCAGCUGCCCACCGAGUUCAAACUGCUCUUCAAGAUGCACGCGGACGGCGUCCUCAAACUCAGCCUCUCGCACUGCGCCUGAGCUCAGGGGUCAGAGGUCAGGGGUCGGGGGGUCAGCAUGCGGGGGCGUUCGGGCUCGCUAAUGGACGCUUGUCGUGAUUGCCCCGGAUUUUCUUCCUGAAACGAUCCCCGCCGAGCUCAGCGGUGUUAUUGAUAAGUAAUGAGAUCAGUGUUAGAACCGGCGCCAUCACUAAUAGAAAGCACGGCUGCUGAUACGUUACAAUGAGGUCACAUUAGUUCAUGCGUUAAAUUAUAUCACUAUUUAUUAGGAUUUAGCUCAUCCACAUAGAUAGCAGAGAGAUCAUAUAUAUACAUAUAUAUAUAUAUAUAUAUAUAUAUAUAUAUAUAUAUAUAUAUAUAUAUAUAUAAAUGGCUCCCAAAAAAAUUCAAAAUAUUUGUAAAUAUAUUUUCUUCCUAUUUUUUGUCAUUGUUAUUCAUUAAAAAUACAACUUCUUAUUGACAACGCAUGUUAGCUCACCUAUAAAGCAAAUUU